AUGACGCAGCUCUGCUCCGCUGCUGCAGCCCCGCUAGUGUGCACCCUUGCCGUGCUGUUCAAAGUGUCGCUGUCAGUGGACCAUGUACCGAUGCUGCUCUGGUCAACUCGGAGAUCACAGUGGAAUCCAGACACUGCUUUGCAUGAAGGACACGUUGUCUCAGCACAGGAGCUGACCGUACUCUUGCAACCUGUUUUUACCCAGAAUUCCAGAAACCUUAUCUUGUUCCUGCAUGAUACACUUAGCAUAGGUGAUUUCACAUACCUCAGUGAAUUCUACGGUAACAAGAAUCCAUUUCAAAAUGUGCAGGAAAUUCUUCAGUCUUCUCCUUCAUCUUUAGUUUUGCCAGCUGUUGACUGCAAGGCUACCAAGUAUCUUCUGAGCUUUCUUCUGGAGUCAGGAUAUUGGAAGUUAACAAACGUAACUAAUCUUGAUGUCUCUCAGCUGGAAGUGAAUACAUCUGAACCACACUUAUUGGUGGUUCAGCUACAACCACUUGUCAGUGGUUUAAAUGAGAUUUCCACCCUGGAAGCAGUUGCUGAAAAUGAAAAAAUAAUUGGAAGACUGACCAUGGAUCUGCAGGAACGAGAGAUUCAUUUUUCAGUAAUUUAUACUGCAGUGAGACCUUCAAGGAUUUCUAGAAGAACUGAUGUGGUGGGGGAAUUAAGACGACAAUUAAUGGCCACUGAGGAAGACGACAGUUUAUCAUAUCCUCCUCUGAAUGUGACCACUGGAAAUGAUACAUGCAUCCUUUUUUAUGCUAGUAAUUUCAGCCUCAAAGCCAACAGUUCCGUUCUUAUAGAUCUGACAAAUGCAACAUUUGUAAUGCAAAAUGUGGAUAUUUCUUCCUCUGAGUGCUCAGACAUCAACACAACACUGUCAUUAAAAUACACAAAGCCAGUGAAUGGAAUCAGCAGCCUAGAGAUAAGGUUUUUAAUGACCAACAAGUUCUAUGGAGGCUCAGCUAGAAAUUGGUCCACUUUAGAUUCAGUUGAGAUUGUACAAGAUGAAGAAAAGUUUGCUAAAUUUAAUGUUUCUGUCAUCUCUGCUCCUGCAGAGUAUUCAUUUCAUUGUCAGCUGGUGGGAACAAGCAAUCUCUAUCCUGCAAGGCUGAUUCCAUCCAACAAUGAGGCAAGAAACUGGGAUGUUUUCAUUUCCAAGUUGCAAAUUCAAGGCUUCAACAUUGAAAACAACCAGUUUUCUUAUGCAAGUGACUGUACAGGUUUCUUCACUCCUGGAAUCUGGAUGGGCUUGGUGACGUCUAUAAUUUUACUGUGGAUCCUGGCCUAUGGUAUCCAUAUGAUCAUGCAGCUCACAACAAACAGCAGAUUUGAUGAUCCCAAAGGUGCAGCUCUGUCAGUUCCUCAGACAGAAUAGCCAUGGAUUGACUUAAUGCUGCUAUGGCUUUUCCUGGUCUGAUAUUUAUGAUUUUUAGAACCUUUCUACUUCAUAUGUGUAACCUAAAAAGAUAUCAUAGCAGAAAGGGAUAAUUAAACUACAUAUAAAAAGGAUCCUCAUGCUUGGCAACAAUAAUAAUUCUACUUGUUAUUACCCUCAUUUGCUAACAGCCAUCUGUGUUAAGGGUCUGAGGUGAGGCUGUAGAGGUUAUUACUGUAUUUGGCUGUUAGAAAGACCAUUACAAACUGCCAUCAGAUCAACUGUUAUUGGCAAAGAAGGAUAUCACAACAGAGAUAAAUGGGAAGGAUAAAUAACUUAUUUGAUAGGAAAC